UUAUAUACUUGGCGUAAUCUUUUUCUUUUUUUUUUAAAAAGAGUUUUGGUAGGAUAAACUAUAUAUAGAAAGUUUAAGUAUCUAUUAGACACGACAGUCAUGCCUAAUUUGCAUUUCUUGGACUAUAUAAGCGCUUGAAGGCUGCUAGCAAAUCAUAAACGUAAAAUAAAUACAACUUAAGCUUCAAUAAACAUUAAGAGAUGAAACUAUCAUUUCUAUCAUUGGCUUUUGCCUUAAUCUUUGUUAUGGCAAUUAUGCACGCACCUGAAGUGGAAGCAAAGGCCGAACCUGACGCAGUUGGAAACCCAUUAGCCCAGGGUAAGCCUAGUUGUUCUAUAAUUAAAGCAUAUUCUAUAGCAGAAUUAUUUUUAUAUAUAAACGGAAUAACUUUUCUUCAGUGGGAUUUUAAGGAAUUUACGAAAUGUGUACUCGGCAUGAUAAAUAAAAUAAAGCUGCAUUUUUCGUGGAAUGAAAUUUAGAUGAAACAGUCAAAAAACUGGGAAAAGCUUACAAUAAAAUGUGACAUUACA